AUGUUUAACUUGAUUAAGUACUUAUUAAUUAUAACUAUUUUUAACUACAUAAAUGCGGCAAUAGUAAUUGAUAUAUUCAGCGAUAAGACCCAUGAUAAACAUGAACUUCCGAAUCAUAUUAAUGCUUCAAAAAAUAAAUGGACUAAUGAGACUGUUUCUUUAUAUAAAUUUUUAAAUGCGGAAUACUAUGGGAUUAUUAGUAUUGGAAAACCAGCUCAAACAUUCAAAGUCAUUUUUGAUACAACAUGGUCUGAUUCCUGGGUACCAUCUCAACACUGUGGACUUUUUGAAAUUGCUUGCAUGAUUCAUAAUCGAUACGACAGCUCCAAAUCAUCAACGUUUAAAGAAAAUGGAACUGAGUGCGUUAUUGAAAGCAAAGCUGAAAGCUUGAAAGGCAUAGUUUCGAUUGAUGAUUUUCAUCUUUCGCAUGUCAAAGUUGUUGGCCAGUCAUUUAUCGAGAUGACUCAUAUGUCUAGAAUUCCAUUUCUGAUGACAAAAGCUGAUGGAAUUAUCGGUCUUGGAUUUUCUUCGUUGAAUGAGUGCAGCCAAAAACCAUUUUUUUACAACAUGCUAGGACAAAAGAUUGUUAAAAAACCAGUUUUUACAUUUUAUAUGAAUCGCGAUGCAACUACUGAUAGAGCAGGCAGUUUGAUUCUUGGUGAAAUGGAAAGAGAUAAAGUUAAUGGAAGCUUAACAUGGUUACCUGUAAUUACUAAAAAAUAUUGGAUGAUUAAAAUUGACCGACUUGUUAUUGAUAACUCAAACAAAACUUUUCCAUUUUGUACUUCAUCAUGCAAAGCUAUAUUUGAUACCAGCGUUAACACAAUAUCUGGACCACCUGCUGAUAUAAUGAAAAUAAAUAAUUUAUUGGGUGCAAAAGAAAUUAUGAAAGUUUGGCCUUACAGAUACAUGGUUGACUGUCGAUCAUUUGCUAAAUUACCACACGUUUCAUUUAUUCUAGCUGAAACUGAAUUUAGAAUCGACUCAAAGUAUUAUAUUCAGCACUUGGUUUAUUAUGGAAUGCAGUUAUGUUUAUCACCAUUUAUACCGGACACUAGUGGAUUGGGUUAUUGGGAAAUUGGAGGUGCAUUUUUAAUGCAAUUUUAUGCUGAAUUUCAUUUAAAUGGAACCAUUGCUCUUGUGGGAACAGAGGUUCAUCAAGUACGUCUAAGAUAUGCCAGUAACUUUUAUGAUGGAAGUCCAGAGCCACUGUCCAACUACAUGGACGCUCAAUACUAUGGAGAAAUCACGAUCGGCAAGCCACCACAAAAAUUCAACGUUGUUUUUGAUACUGGAUCAUCAAAUCUAUGGAUUCCAUCAAAGAAAUGUCAUUUCACCAACAUAGCUUGUUUGUUACACAAUAAAUACGAUAGCAAGAAAUCACAAACUUACAAACAAAAUGGUACUGAAUUCGCUAUCAGAUAUGGAUCAGGUAGUCUCUCUGGAUUCUUAUCAACAGACGUUGUCACUUUGGCUGGAAUAGAUAUUAAAGAUCAAACAUUUGCUGAAGCAAUGAGUGAACCGGGACUGGCUUUUGUCGCUGCUAAAUUCGAUGGUAUUUUAGGUAUGGCUUAUGAACGAAUAGCUGUCGAUGGUGUUAAGCCUCCUUUCAAUAACAUGUUUGAUCAAGGAUUAAUAUCUAAGAAGAUUUUCAGCUUCUACUUGAAUAGAGAUCCACAGGCAAACCUUGGAGGUGAGAUGAUUCUUGGUGGAUCUGACCCUGAUCAUUAUGAGGGUGACUUUACAUAUGUACCAGUUGAUCGUCAAGCUUAUUGGCAAUUUAAAAUGGACAAAAUACAAAUUGGAGACCAAGUUGUUUGUGAAAACGGUUGUCAAGCUAUUGCAGACACUGGUACCUCUUUGAUUGCUGGUCCAGUAAAGGAAAUUGAAGCAAUUAACAAAGCACUCGGUAGUUUACCUCUUCCUGGUGGUGAAGCUGUGAUUAAUUGCAGUUUGAUUCCCUCACUACCUAAAAUUGAUUUCGUUUUUGGCGGUCGGAAAUUCUCUUUGUCUGGUGAAGAUUACACACUCAAGGUAAGUCAAUUUGGUAAAACAAUCUGCAUCAGUGGAUUUAUGGGUAUCGAUAUUCCACCACCAAAUGGACCUUUGUGGAUUCUUGGAGAUGUUUUCAUCGGUCGAUUUUACACUGAAUUUGAUAUGGAGAACAACCGUGUCGGGUUUGCUGUUGCUAAAUGA